AGACACAAGUUUCUCUACGAAUACCAACUGUGUCAUAAGUUUUAUAAAAUUUUGAUUAAAUUCAACAUAUAAAUUUAGGUCUCAAUAUCAUUAUGUAUUCUCCAUUUUCCAAAACGCCUGUCUCGGCUAUAAAGAAGCAGAUAACUAAUAAACCAAGUCCCUAUUUUUCGCCGUCACUUAAAAGAGUUGCAUCUCAGAGUGGCUCUCGGAAUGCUUCAUUUAACAUGAGCUUGUCUAAUGCUCUUCUUGAUGAAUCAAGUAUUUGCAUGACACAAAAUUUUGGUGCACCAUUUCCUGUUCUAGUGACCGAAGCCUUAUUGAAUGCUGAAAGAAACUCUGAUAUAUCAGUUAAAUUAGAGACAUUUGGAUAUGCUAGCUUGGUGUGUGGACGCCAGUUGUUAAUAUGGCGUUACAAGCAGGAAACCAAUCAAGAUGUUGUUCACUGUAAAGAACUCACUUUACCUCCGAGUGAUUUAGCCCAUAAAGCAGAUCUUGUUCAUCUUUUUUUAACUGAAGACUCGCACCUCCCGUCUGCCCUUGCCGUCUCUCCUGAGGGUCACGUUCGAUACUGGCCUAACAUAAAUCAUGAAGGUUCAUCCGUAGAUGCUUCAGCAGAUCUACAGGGACAAGAAUGCUACUGUUUGACAUCAGUUUAUCCCCUGGGGUGUAUAUUGGCCACCACUACUAGUUCUCUUGUGUUGAUUACUCCUACUACAGGCGAAGGACAGCCAAAUGUUAUCUGCCGUACACUUACAUUACCAUUAGGAGUUUUGGCAGGCAUCGGUCGAAAAGUGUCCUCCUUUAUCUUUGGUGUUGUUCCCACUCAAACUACGGAAACAAAACAGCUGAAUAGAGUUCUUUCUGUGAAAGAAAAUGAUGAUGAGUACACUGUUUAUGUUCUGAGUACCAACACUCUUCAAAAAUGGAGUAUUAUUAUAAAGGACAAAAAAGAAAACACAGACCAACUCAUAUUUGAAAUGGAUCUUGAUCGAGAAUUGAAGCAGUGCUUUGCAGAAACCUUAUAUAAGGAAGACCUUAACUUAAUAAGAGGCUUAAAAACUUGGUGUUUGGACAUGCAACUUUACUCAUCUGGUGUUAUGGUGUUAACUGCUGCUCACAGAUCAUUGGGAUUUUCUUCCACAAGCAUACAUUAUGCUUUUGUCAUUUUUAAGGAAGACCUUAACUUAAUAAGAGGCUUAAAAACUUGGUGUUUGGACAUGCAACUUUACUCGUCUGGUGUCAUGGUGUUAACUGCUGCUCACAGAUCAUUGGGUUUUUCUUCCACAAGCAUUCAUUAUGCUUUUGGUGUUUUGGAUACUUCGACUGAUACACCUCCUCAAAGUUUUGGUUCUUUCCUUGUUACUAAAUAUGUGCAGCCAUAUCAAGAGGUGAUGGAAGAGCAAUUGCUAAAUUACAAGUUCAUCUUACCGACACCUGACAGUCUAACUGCCUAUGUGUUCAAUGCUGAAAAAGUUUUGUCUGUCGAAAUUGGUGCAAGUGAGAGUGAAAUUAAUGAAACCGAUCUUUCAGUUGGUGGAAACGGAAUUUUGGGAUCUGGAACAUGUGAUGGCUUGCCUCUGUUUUUUGCUAAAGAUUUGGGAAUCAUUUGCUUUCAACCUAAUCAAAAAGCUUUCAGUGAUUCAAGGCUUAUGCAGUCUAUGAAAGAUGUAAGCAUCCGUCAGUCAGAUCCUAGCGAAGCACCCGAAAGCCUUUCAGCUCAAUUGAGAACAGCCAUUGGUUCUUAUUGUAAUGGUGACAUGGUAAAUAUUAUAGAUUUUUUGAUUGGCUNGAUUAUAAAUGAUGACAUUUUAAAGUUCAAAUCUAAAGGUGCAGAUCUUGAUGAAGCUGUUAUUUCACUUAGUUUGGGAAUUAUUGAUGACUACCCUGUAUCCGAUCCAAGGUGGUGUGAAUCAAUUCCUUCCAGCUCAGUUUCUUCCUCUUUAAUCAUAAUGUAUCAGCUUGAUGAUAAGCUCAAAGCUCAUGGGUGUCUGCUUAAUUUCCUCAACACAUUCCAUCUGCUCGACAAGCUAUCUUUAUCAAAAGUGGGUGAUUAUAAGAUAUCCACUUGUGCUCUACUUUGUGAACAUGCUGAGAAAAUAAUGGCUGCCAAGUCACUACGCUUAUUUUUGACUGAUCAUAAUAACGUGAUUGAAAUAGCUGUAAGAGCUGCUUUAGACAAAAGAGGUAUUGAAGUAAAAAACCAUUUAACUCCUCAAGAUGUUUUCUUCAGAGAGGUUUCGGCAUUUUAUGCUAUUUUUUCAUCACUCAUUGACUGGGAAGAAGAACAACUGAAUGCUGAUGAAAAUAUGAAUAAAACUAUUGGUGCCAUCAUGACUGUCAAUAAAUUAAUUGUGGGGAUGCUAGAUUCUGUGUUAGAGUAUCGUAAAACCAAUGCAAAGAUGUAUGGACUGAAUGAACUCUGUUCAAAUGUUGAAUAUUUGCCUUGGACAUCAAGAGAAGGCAACUCUGGGAUUCGUCAGCAUCUAAAAAAGCAGUUAGAAUUGAAUGUGAACUACUCUUUUAAAAUAACAGACAAUAUACAGAUUCAGGGAGUUCUCUUUCAACAAUAUAUGGACAUUUUGGAUUUCUAUUUAAGCAGUUUCAAAAUUCAGUUGGAAUCUCUGAAGGGAGAGAAGAAGUCACUCCUUUCAAAGGAAUUUGAACUGAUUAGAUCGCAUUUCUUGAACCCUCUAUUGUCAGUAAAUCAGUAUGAGCGUGCUGCAUCGCUUGCUGAGAAGUAUUUAGACUUUGACGUUCUCAUACAGAUCUGUGAAAUAACUGAAAAUGUUGAUAGACUUCAAAGAUACAUGCACCAAUUCAGUACACAGAAAUUUACUGAAUUUGUUUUCAAGUGGUACUUAGACAAAGGAAAGAAAGGUAAAAUUUUCAACCAGCAUUUGGGUCAAAGAGACGAACUGGGCAAUUUUCUUCAAGAUCAUGAUGGCUUGAAGUGGAUUUAUUAUAUUCAGGAAGAAAAAUACAGUGAAGCUCAUUCCACUCUGAAACAGUUGGCACUGAAUGAGACGCAAUUUCUGAACAAGAAGAAAACACUUCUUAGCCUGAGUAAACUGUGUGCAAUGGUGAGUGAUGCACCCUCGCAGACUAAAAGCAUGCAGAUUGAAGCUGUAAAUCUUGAGCUACAUCUCAUUACUCAUCAAGAAACAUUGCCAGCAUCUGUUGUUGAGUGGACAUUAAUAAUCCACUUGAGGCCAUAAAAGAAACUGUAUUCUUUCAAAUUAUUGAAAUAGCAUUUGACCAAGGUCAAGAUAUUCAUGAUUUCAUGCCAGAUAUUGAUGAGCUGUUGCAGCAGGGCGAAUUGAGUGAACUAUCAGACAACCCUAGCAUAAAAUUUUUACUUGAAGCUGGUUAUGAACAUAUACGAAAAAUUGUUAUUUAAUUCAUGCCUUCAUUUGUAAAUAAUUUUCUUUGUCACCUUGUUAAUAAUUUUGUAUAUUUGUUUACUUUUCUAUAAAAG